GCAAAAUAUAAUUAAAAAAAAAAAUCAAAUGAAAAAUAUUUUAUUGCUCACAUGAACUAUAUUAUAUUCUAGUUUGUCGAUAUAAAGCACAUAAUAUAUCUUGUUUUUCAUGUGAGUGUUGAAAAAAUAUUUUUCAUUUAGAAAAAUGGAGACCAGCAAUAGUGAAAGCAGUGAUAAUAAACCAAUAACACCACAAGAACAAACCGAGGAGUUAAAUUCUGAAGAACAAGACGAAGAAGAGGCUCAAGUUUCUCACAGUUCUGUUCCCGAAUAUUCCAAGGAUAAGUACCUCAAAGUCUAUGACAACUUCACAGCCUGGCGUAAAAAAAAUAAUUACAAUGAUGUUUCGGAAAAAAUAUUAUUAAAGUACUUCGCUGAGCUUCAUAAAACUAAAAAACCUUCAACUCUUUGGAGUCAGUACUCGAUGCUAAAGAGCACCCUGAACCAGAAUAACAAUAUUGACAUUGCCAAGUACAAAAAAUUACACGGGUUUUUAAAAAAACUUGGCACUGGAUUCAGAAACCAAAAAGCUAAAGUACUGACCAAAACAAAUAUUUCAGAUUUUCUUAAUAAAGCACCAGAUUCAAUAUAUUUAGCAGAAAAGGUUAUUAUGAUCUUUGGAAUUGUCGGUGCUUGCAGAAAACCUGAAUUGUGUAAUUUAACAGUCAGAGAUAUUGUCGACAAUGGAACAAGUCUUGUUGUCACAACCCCAGCGACAAUGGGAAUUCAACGAAUGCGAGAGUUCACUAUCGACGGCGACUUUUACACGAUGGUUAAAAUGUAUUUAGAUUUACGACCGAAAGAUGUUAAAAUAAAUCGAAUAUUUUUAAAUUACCAGAAAGGAAAGUGUACCCAGCAGCCAAUUGGAAUAAAUAAAAUUGGAGGUGUACCCAGAAAAAUAGCAAGAUUUUUAAAGCUACCAGAUGCUGACAAAUAUACAGGACAUUGUUUCCGUCGUACCUCCACAGAAUUGCUUGCUCAUGAUAGCACCAAUAUGCUGAGUAUUGCCGGAGGAUGGAAAGCUAAUAAUAAAAAGGGAAACAAUCCUAUACAAAUUUGUAGUAAAAUGGAAGCUAGUACUAUUUUAAAAUCAUGUUUACCUGAAACAACUAAACCAGCAGUUAAUCAAACUCAUAUAUUUAUUAGUCAGUUGCCAUUAAAUCAGAGUCAAUUGAUUACUCAUCAAGGACAGUUGGUUACUAAUCAGGGACAAUUGGUAACUAAUCAAGGGCAUUUAAUUAUUGAUCCAGGACAAUCGGUGACAAAUCAGGGACAAUUGAUAACAAAUCAGUUUCAAGUUAAUCAAGGACAUUUAAUUUAUGAUCAGGGACAAUCAGUAACUAACCAAGGACAGUUGGUUACUAAUCAGGGACAAUUAAUAACUAAUCACGGACAUAUAAUAAUUGAUCCAGGACAAUCGAUGAUUAAUCAAGGACAGUUGAUAACUAAUCAAUUCCAACUAAAUCAAGGACAAUUAACUACCAACCAAUUGCCAGUAAAUCAGGAACAAAUGAUUACGCAGCAAGGACAAUUGAUAACUAAUCAGUACCAAGUAAAUCAAGGACAAUUAAAUACUAACCAAUUACAAGUAAAUCAGGAACAAUUGAUUACUCAGCAAGGACAGUUGGUUACUAAUCAGGGGCAAUCAGUAACUCAUCAGUUUCAAAUAAAUACUAACCAAUUACCAGUAAAUCAGGGACAAUUGAUUACUCAGCGAGAACAGUUGGUUACUAAUCAGGGACAAUUAAAGACUAAUCAACUGCCAGUAAAUUCGGAACAAUGUAAGACUAAUCAGUCAUCGGAAAAUCAAGGAAAAUUAAAUGAUAAUCAACAAGGAAGUCCAGUUCAGUUAAAUAUUCAGCAAGUAAAUCGUGUUAAAUUGAAUACUAAUCAGCAAGGGGAUCGAGUCCAAUCAAAUAGUCAGCAAGUGAAUCGGGUCCAAUUAAAUAAUCAGCAAGUUAAACGGGUCAAAUUCUAUAAUAACCAGGGAAAUCAAGUUAAAAUAAAAACUAAACCGGCAAGUAAUAAUGAAGCUCCAACAUCAAAAAAAUUAAAUCUUGACGGGUUUAAAUUUGUGGUCGUGGAAAUAGACAGACGGAUAGAAGUAGUCCAGAAAGGUUGGUCACCUCCUGAAGGUGCUGAGUACGUGAAACCUCAUGCAAUAUUUGAUUCUUAUAAAAAUGCUUCUGACUUUGCUGAAACAGUAAAUGUAAAAAAAACUCAAAGACCAGUUGCCGAAGUUACCAAAGCCAAUCCAGAAGUUAUUUCUAUUGACGGUGAUAAUUCGUCAAAACGUUUUACUAUUAAAGUUAAUAAGAAUAUUCAAGGAAAGGUGGUCGAAAUUAAUAAGAAUAUUCCUAGAAGAAUCGUACCUGGGAAUUUUAAAGCAAAUUAUCAAACAGUUGCUUCAAAAGUUAUCAGGAGUCAAUUUAAACUCACGAAUUCUGGAUCUGGUAUUGCUUCUGGUGGUGGUUCUGGUUCUAGUUCUACUUCUAAUUCUAGACCUAGUUCUGUUACUGCUUUAGGAGUGAACAAAAAUCCUAAAAGAAUAAUUGGUACUAUGGUAAAUAAAAGUACUCCAGUGAUAUCAGUAGCUGGAGGUAAUAAAAUAACCAAAACAAAAAGAUUUAUUGGAACUUUGGUCAAUAAAAAAGUAAAUAAUAAUUCUUCAGUAACAGCACCAGCUGAAGUAAAUAAAAAUGUUUCACAGAAUACUAAUAAUUCUGUACAACAAAAUUUGGAAAAACAAAAUCUCAAUCCAGGAAAUGUGAUCAUCGUCGUUGAAAAAGUUGACAACAGUUCAAAUCUAAUAACAGGGGACGUUAAUCCGACUACGGCACAAGUUGAGACUGACGUCAAAGAUCCAACUCUAACAUCCAAUCCUCCUCCCCCUUCACAAGAAACUAGUGAGAUUCUUGAGCCGACAAUAAAAGAAGACCCGACAAUCAAAGAGGAAUUUAUAAACGAAGAAUUUAUCGAUGAAGACGAUCUCAUGGUAGUUGAUCCUCUAGAAAUAUGAAAAAACAAAUCUUAAUAUAUUUUUUUAAAUAAUAAUAAUAAAUAUUAUUUAUAACUAAUUUUAUUUAAACUAUAAACGAGUUUUAGUAGUUUUUUAUAAAAACGUUAAGUAUUUUAAUUUUAAAAAAUGGCGCUAUUUUUAAAACAAAAUGGCGUUGUAUUGUAAAUAUUGUAAUUAAUUAAGUUAAGUUAAUUAAUUAGUUGGUUAAUGAUAAAAUAAAUAAUUUAUACGCUAUAAAAAUA